GCUCCUGGGGGUCCCAUUCUGUGCAGCACAGAUCACUAGCUCCUGGGGGUCCCAGGCUGUACAGCACAGAUUACUAGCUCCUGGGGGUCCCAGGCUGUACAGCACAGAUCACUAGCUCCUGGGGGUCCCAAACUGUACAGCACAGAUCCCAAGCCCUUGAGGCUCCAAGCUGUACAGCGCAGAUCUCUGACAGGAGGGGGAGGGGCAGGCUGGGGAAUACACAUCACUGUCUGCUCGGGACUCAGAACUCUCUCUAGAGAUCGCUAAGUUUAGAGAGUCUGAGGGUGAGUGAGACAGACCAGAGACUCCAGGACAGCGCCUCACCCCCCCCCGGGAUUCCAUGCAUCUGGAAUGCACAUGAAGCUGCCGUGAGUGUGCUCCAGCUGUACUCCUCUGCCCUGCACACACUGGCAUUUCCUCUGAGCUCACAGAAAAUAUGACGCAGCCUCCCUCGGAAGAGGAAGUUUCUCUCUAAAUAACGGUCAUCAGAGAAGAAGCCGGGAAAAGGGACUCCUUCAUCCAGCAAUGUGGGAGUUUUGAGGCCAGCGAGGGGUGGAAGGGAGCGCAGCCGGUCCCACCUUCUCCUGCCCUGCAGGCUGAGCAGAGCAUGGGCCGAUCCCUCUGCCCCUGAUGCAGGAUGACAGUGUACUCGGUGAAUCUCAAAGUCUUCUGGCUCCUAGUUACGGUCCUCUUCGCGGGCAUCUGGUGCUUGUUCGUGGCUCUGAGGAGAGACGGCAGUGCCGAGGAUGGAGGAGGCUGCCAGGGGAACGGACUCAGUCACUUGCAACUCCUGCUGAAGUUGUGCUCGGUGCUGCUCCUCCUUUAUGUUGCCUUCAGGUGCUGCGGCUCCUCCUUACACCGACAAAAAGGGAGCCUCAGCCUCAGCUGUCAGCAGCAGCCGCAGCAGCUCCGGAGGAACCUGCUGGAGACUUUCUAUGAACAUCACAUCAAGCUGUCCCCGCACGUCCUGGGUCACAGCAAGGCGCACGUCAGCCAGAUCGUGGCCGGGCUCAUCAAAGUGGGCAAAGCCAAGCAGCAAGAUACCGGCGUCACCUUCCGAGGGGAUUACGUGCAGGUUGGCAGCGCCUACGAACAGCACAAAAUCAACAGCCCAGACUGUUUUGACAUCUUGGUGCCACUUAAGAUGCCACAAAGCCUCAAGAUGGAGCCACUCUUUGCCUCGGCCGGGAAGGAACCGGUGCCCGUCUUGCAGGGUAGCAUGAUGUGCCGGGUGGCUGCGCCCAAAAAGUCCGAGUGGGAGAAGACUUACAAACAGUUUAGUGAUUGUUUCUGCACGGAGAGCGGCCACAGCCACCGCUUGUCUUCUGCGCUAGUCCUCAAGUGGUUCCACUGGAAGAUUCAGAGGUGUCUCAAUGUCAUUCGGUACCAGUUUGAAGACAGGUGCCAUAUCACACUAAGCGUGUGCGAUGACAAACUCAUCCUUAAGAUAUUGCCCCGGUCGGACUACGUCUGCUGCCACAUCUCCAUGUCUGUGCGGCUUAUCCCAGCCUUUCACUUGGGCGACUCUGUGUUCCUCACGGCCCAACCGUGGGGCAGCAUUGUCCACCCAGAUGCCGUAAACCUGGAUACUUAUUGGGGCGUUAAUUUUUCCAAACACGAGCAAAAGUUUAUGAAUUGGUUUAAGGACCAGGCCCCCGCCAACGCAUGUCACCUGAAGUGCCUCCAAAUCAUGAAGGCCUUGAGGGAUCUAAAUAGUAAGACCUUUCAGGGUUUCUUCUCCUCUCAGUGGAGAUCUGUACUUUCAUCCUAUAACUUGAAGACUGCGCUUUUCUACCUGAUGAUAAAAGCCCCCAUUGAGAAAUGGGACGACUCCUUGCUUAUGGACCGGAUGCUGGAUUACUUUAUGUUCUUGAAGGAGUGUUUGCAGAAUCGGAACCUGAUGCAUUUUUUCCUGGGAAAUAAAAAUCCCCCCAAUAUUAUAACUCUGCCCAAAAUGUUCAAAGAAGCCCCGCCGGUCAACUUGCUGGAGGGAUACCCGUUGGAAUUGUUGGACCAAGUGUGUUUCCAGCUGUUCAACAUGUGGAUCCAAAUGCCACGAAUUAUAAGGAUGAGUUCCAAUUUAAAAAGCCUGGUCAGCGAGCCCUCCACAUGCAAACAUGCGCAUGUAUAGUCGUCGGCCAAAGAAAAGAACAGGGUCGGGGCUUAAAAAGUUUUAGAAGAAUUUGUUGGAUAAAAAGUUCAGAAGAUCAGAAGAAAUGUUAUGUUGAUAUC